AGACAACAAUAUUCUAUUUGUCAAAGAAGAAAUCUUGCAAAAAAGCAAUGAAGAGAAGAUAUGCAGAGACACAACAGAAACUUCUAAAUUAAAGCAUAUAGCACUACUGGCAGAUACAAAAAUAGCAGGUAUAAAGAUAACUGAUAAAGAAUACAAAGUAUCUGAGAAAAGCCAACCCCAGAAUAUAGCAAUAGACAAAACAUCA